AUGGGCGCGCGCGCCUCGGUCGAGCCCCGAGCCGGGGCCGGGCUGCUGCUGCUGCUGCUGCUGCUCGGGCUGCUGGCGCCGGGCGCGCAGGGGGCGCGGGGCCGCGGCGGCGCCGAGAAGAACAGCUACCGCCGCUCGGCCAACACCUUCUCGCAGAGCGUCACCAGCCUGUUCGGCGAGGACAACGUGCGCGCCGCUCAGAAGUUCUUGACCAGGCUGACCGAGAGGUUUGUGCUGGGAGUGGAUAUGUUUGUGGAGACUCUGUGGAAAGUUUGGGUUGACGUCUUGGAUGUCCUUGGACUUGAUGUUGCCCACUUGUCCCAGUACUUCAGCCCAGCCUCGGUGUCCAACAGCCCGGCCCGCGCCCUGCUAUUGGUGGGAGUUGUCCUUCUGGCCUACUGGUUUUUGUCCCUGACCUUGGGCUUCACCUUCAGUGUCCUACACCUGGUGUUCGGCCGCUUCUUCUGGCUCGUGCGGGUCAUCCUGUUUUCCAUGUCCUGUGUGUACAUCCUGCACAAGUAUGAGGGGGAGCCCGAGAACGCGGUGCUGCCACUGUGCCUUGUGGUGGCCAUCUACUUCAUGACGGGGCCCAUGGGUGUCUAUUGGCGCAGCAGCUCUGGCAGCCCCGGCAGCCCCAGUGUGGAGGAGAAGCUGGAGCACCUGGAGAACCAAGUCAGACUCCUCAACAUCCGUCUCAAUAGGGUGCUCGAGAGCCUGGACCGCUCCAAGGACAAGUGAAGGUCAGCCGCCCGGCCGGGUCCCCGGGCGACAGCACGUGAUCUCAGAAAACAGAAAAGGAAGAAGACAGCAGCUCCCCUGAACCCCAAACCAUCUUAAUAAAGAGCUCUGAGCAGGAACGG